AUGAUAUUCACCGAUAUCGAAGUAGCCAUAGAAAAGUUCAGACAGAAUAAGUUCGUUAUUGUGAUGGAUGACGAGUCACGUGAGAACGAAGGUGACCUAAUCUGUGCGGCUAAUGCGAUCACCACCGAACAAAUGGCCUUCUUGAUACGUUAUUCUUCUGGGUAUGUUUGUGCACCAAUGACCAACGAAUGGGCAGAUCGUUUAGAUCUACCUCUUUUGAAAGAUCUUUCGUGUGAAAGUUACGCAGAUGACAGACAUGGAACCGCAUAUACCAUUACUUGUGAUUAUGCACACGGAACCACAACAGGGAUUUCAGCACAUGAUCGUGCAUUAACGUGUUCCAAACUUGCUGACAAGACUACUACCGCUAUUGAUUACUUGAAGCCUGGUCAUGUGGUGCCAUUAAGAGCCAAAGAAGGCGGUGUUCUGGCCAGACGUGGUCACACUGAAGCAGCUGUCGACCUAUGCAAGCUUGCAUCACUCCCACCAGUCGGUGUCAUUGGUGAACUCGUCAAAGAUGAAGAUGGAGAUAUGAUGAGAUUGGAUGACUGUGUCGAAUUUGGCAAAGAAUUCGAUAUUUCAAUUAUUACACUUGAAGCUUUGGUGGAUUACAUUCAAAAGCAUCAAUGA